AUAUAGAGCAGCAGAUGCUUAGUUAAAUCCUCAGAAAACCAAAAAAUAAAUAAAUAAAAAAUAGAAUAAUAAAAAUAAAAAUAAUAAUAAAUGGGUUCAUAUUUAGGAAUUUCUGCAGUUCUUUUCGUAAUAUCUUUGCUGGGAUUUUCAGCCAAUGCUGAGGUGUUCAACGUUGGUGGUUCUCCAGGUUCUGAUAUUACUCAGGCACUUCUGAAAGCAUUCACAUCAGCAUGCCAAGCUCCGACAGCGAGCAAGGUGGUGAUCACAAAGGGUGAGUUCAAGCUUGGUGAGAUCGAGAUGACGGGCCCAUGCAAAGCUCCAGUCGAGAUCAACCUCCAAGGUACUCUCAAAGCUGAUGGAAAAGCUAUCCAGGGGAAGGAAAGAUGGGUCGUCUUCCUAAGAAUUAAUGGCUUUAAGUUAAACGGAGGUGGAAUCUUCGACGGUGAAGGCAAUGCAGCUUGGAGAGUCAAUAACUGUCACAAGACUUUCGAGUGCAAGAAACUUCCCAUCAGUAUAAGGUUUGAUUUCGUGGAGAAUGCUGAGAUUAGAGACAUAUCCUCGAUAGAUGCUAAGAACUUCCACAUAAACGUUCUCGGCGCCAAGAACAUGACCUUUGAUAACGUCAAGGUCAUCGCUCCGGCAGAGAGCCCCAACACUGACGGUAUCCAUUUGGGAAGAAGUGAAGGAGUCAAGAUCCUCAACUCUAAGAUAGCCACCGGAGAUGACUGCAUCUCUGUUGGGGAUGGGAUGAAGAACCUCCACGUCGAGAACGUUAUGUGCGGUCCUGGACACGGAAUCAGUGUCGGGAGUCUUGGAAGGUACGUGCAUGAGCAAGAUGUCACAGGCAUUACUGUCGUGAACUGCACCCUUCAGGGAACUGACAAUGGGCUAAGGAUCAAGACAUGGCCAUCUGCGGCUUGCGCCACCACCGCCUCUGGUAUUCAUUUUGAGAACAUCAUCCUUAACAACGUUAGCAACCCAAUCCUCAUUGACCAGGAGUACUGCCCUUGGAACCAGUGCAACAAGCAGAAACCAUCGACGAUUAAGCUGGUGGACAUAAGCUUCAAGAAUAUUAGAGGAACAUCAGGGAACAAGGACGCAGUGAAGCUAUUGUGCAGCAAGGCGCAUCCAUGUGCGAAUGUUGAGAUUGGAAACAUUAACCUUGAGUACAAGGGAGCCGAUGGUCCACCGACUUUCAUGUGCUCAAACGUUUCCCCUAAGCUUGUGGGAACUCAGAACCCGAAGGCUUGUAGCGCCGGACCCACUCCCAAGACAGCUGCUAAGGGAGACUUGUAG